AUGGCCACGCAAACAGAAAUGAUCCUUGCCGAGAGCAUACCGGCAACGCCACUGGCAGUGACUGCCGAAGCCACCACUCAUGCACCUGGUUCGUCAGCGAGCGACAGGGUUUCUACGGCCUCGCGUCUACAGAAGAUAGCAGUAACGUUCCAGCUCUCGGGUGUCAACUUUGCCUGUAGCGCUACCAAUGGUUUGAUCGUCGUUGGCCUCCCGCAGAUGACAGCUGAUCUCCACCUCCCCGCCUCCCUCGCGUUCUGGCCCUCUUCAGUACAGGGUCUAGCUACAGCCUCAGCACUGCUCCUCGCAGGCGCUUUGGCGGAUGUGCUAGGUGCCAGGUCGGUAGAGCUAGUGGGGUGCAUUCUUAGUGGUGUCUUCAUGCUUGCAUGUGGCUUCAUACAGCGUGGUGAAGAACUUGUUGCGCUACGAGCCCUGCAGGGCGUUGCCUUGGCGCUGCACUUGUCAAGCUCGGUUGCGUUGGUGACUAAAACCCUUGCUCGUGGAAGAGGACGCAAUUUCGCUUUUGCAUGCCUUGGCUUGAGUCAACCUCUUGGAUUCUCCUUCGGUCUUGUGCUUGGCGGCGUGCUUGUUGAGACGAUUGGUUGGCGAUCAGGAUGGUAUCUCUACGGGGGUAUUGUUCUGUUCUUGUCCGCUGUUGGGUUCUGGUCUCUGCCAAAAGCUGAACCUCUUGGGACACUGUCAGAUGUCAUGGCUAGCGUAGCCAUCAAGGUUGACUGGCUGGGAACUCUGCUUGCUUCAGCUUUCAUGGCUCUCUUGUGCUAUUUCCUGGCUGUUAUUAGUACAGACGUCUAUCGUAUUAGAGAGGCUGGCAGUAUUAUCAUGUUGUGCAUCAGCUUAGUGACCUUGCCUCUGUUUGCAGUGUGGAUGCAUUUCCAGGUUCAAAAGGGGAAGCCGGCCUUGAUACCCAAUUCGUUCUGGCGCAACCACGCUUUUACUAGCAUCUGUGUCACCAUUGCCUUGUCAAACGCCGUCAUCAACUCGCUAGAACUGUUCUCCAGUCUAUUCUUCCAAGAAAUUCAGCACUUGUCUGCCCUUAAUGCGGCAAUCAGGAUCCUACCGAGCGUUAUAGUCGGCGUGGCGCUAAACUUCACUACUGGUCUUGUCGUUCACAAGAUCCCGGCCAUCUGGCUCAUAGUCAUCACCUCUGUUUUGACUGCUGUCUCACCUCUCCUCAUGGCCCUUACCGACCCGACAUGGACAUACUGGACAACUGCUUUCCUUGCCCAAGUGCUCAUGCCAGUAUCGAUCGAUGUUCUAUUCACGGUUGGUUUGAUCAUUGUCACCGAGACAUUCCCUGAGGAUAAACAAGCCAUAGCAGGCUCUGUCUUCAACGCUGCAUCACAGUUUGGGAAUGCUAUGGGCCUAGCGAUUAUGCAAGUUGUGUCUACCCUGGUAACGAAGCAGAACUCAGGAAUGAAGGACACUGAAGCAUUACUAGAAGGAUACAAAGCGAGCUUUUGGACCAUGUUUGCAUUCAUGAUUCUGUGUGCUUCGAUUGGGGGCGUGGGUCUUCGCAGGGCAGGCAGAGUUGGGCUAAAGCAAGAGUAA